CAAACGGGUACAGGAAUAUGGGUUUGCGAUAAUGUAGUGAGUUGGGCUCGUUUAGACACAAACGGCAAUUUGCUGGAAUGGCAGAGUGAGAUCAUGAACGAAGUGAGCACAAAAAAUGGCGUCAUAACGACUGUUGAUUCGGUAGGUAGUGAGAACCGUUUCCAGAAUGGGAUUUUCGGACGCGUACGUUAUGGAAAGCGAUCAAGUCAUACCGUAUUCCAGAAUUAAUACAAGGAUCUACUAUCAAAAUUUGCAACGACAACAAAUAAAUGCGAGCAUCGUGAGCAUUUUGGGGACAAGGCAGUGUCAAACCGAUAAUGGCACGAGCAAAGCCUUCUCGCAAAUAAAUAAUAUUUAUAUGAUGCGUCCUCAUACGCCGGCCCGUCUGUUCAACUUGCUAGUCGGUACGGAGCCUGUAUCGGCCGGGAGUGUCGUACAAAAUUUGAUAAAGGUCAAACGAGGAUGGAGAGUAGAACCGGAAGGGAACCAAAUAACCGACUCCAUCAAAGUUCAUCCGGAUUUAGAAAUGUAUUACAAAUCCCAAGACAGUUUUCAACGUGAACAGAUGUGUUGGGCUCUGUUACUAAUCGUCGUAUUUGUUAAUCUUUCUAUAAGACGGAACAGCGCUAUCCUGAGCAAGGCCGUUAAGGACAGCCCACCAUGAAUAAUUUUAAAAACCGACAGCUCUUGCAUGUAUGCUCAUGAUAAUUUUAUUCUCGAUGAGGGACGAGGGCAGAGAAAUAAAAUGAAAUUCACAAACAAA